UCGAGCAAGCAGCACAAAAGAAAAUCGACGGGGAGACCAAAGCAUUGCGAGAUAGGCUCAUGAAGGAGGAAGAAAGGCGGCACAAGCUCUUCGAACAAGUACAAAAACUCAAGGGAAACAUUCGUGUCAUGUGCCGAAUCAAGCCGCCAGCAGACAAAUCGAGCGAUGCUCUCAUCAAAUUCAAUCCACGAGUGAGCGAACUCGACGAGGACAAGAUCGACGGCUUAACCAUACCGACGGAGCGAGAGGACUUCAGGAUGCCAGGCAAGAUGAUUGCUGGUGAACCAAAAGACUUCAACUUCGAGCGAGUCUUCGAUGACAACUGCACCAACAAAGACGUGUUUGACGAGAUUAGUCAACUCGUUCAGUCCGUCAUGGAUGGCAAAAAGGUCUGCAUCUUCUGCUAUGGUCAAACUGGGUCAGGCAAGACGUAUACUAUGAGCCGAAAGGAAGACGGUAUCAUCCCCAGAACACAAGAUAUGAUCUUCAGCGAGGUCGACAGACUGAAGGUACUAGGCUGGGAAUACACGGUCGAGGGCAGCUAUUUAGAGGUCUACCAAGACAAGUUGUACGACCUGCUCGCUUCUCGCAGCGCGAAGCCCGAGCCACUCACAGUAGAUCCAAUCAGUGAAGAGUUAAAUAUCAAGGGCCACUCAUUCACGCUCCUGAAGGAAGAAAGGGAUCUCGAUGAAAUGGUCAGGACGGCAGACAAUAACCGCCACACAGCCGCAACCGCGAUGAAUGACCGAUCGUCGCGUUCGCAUUCCAUCCUAGUCUUGAAGAUCCGCGGAGUCAAGAAGAACGAAGAUGGCGAAAUCAUCAGGACUCGAAAGGGCACCCUAAACCUAAUCGACUUGGCGGGUUCUGAGUCCCCCGACAAGGCGCGUGGUGAACAGAUCUACCGGGAAGGUGUCGAGAUCAACUCGUCGCUGAGCUACCUGCGAACGGUGCUAUCACGCCUAGGCCAGGGCAAGACGGAGGGCGUGGACUUCCGGUCUUACACUCUAACCCAGUUACUGAGGCCGUCGCUAGGGAAGGGCUGCCGGACACUGAUGUUCGUCAUGGUGAGCCCGCUUAAGGAGAAUGAGAAUGAGACUAUAAGGAGUCUGGAAUUUGCCAAAGACGCUCAAAAAGUCAAGAUGGGUGGCAACGGAGGGGCCGCUAAGAGCAAGAAAUAAGGUUUACAAUCCAGGAUAUAAAACGUCUGCUUCUUGUAGCAUAAUUUUUCUCUCUCGAAUUCUAAAGGUGAUUCGGGCGGGGGUCAUGUGAGGAGCUUGCAUACACACAUAUCUGAUGUUGGUGGUUGGUUGUUUCCAAGGCAAAGGGAGGAAGGGAGCGAUGCGGCGUUCAGUCAAUCAGGGCGUUAUAGGGGCAAGGUAUAUUCAAUGAUGAAUGAUGUUGUGGUUUUUAAAAUACCUAAGUUGUUCCGUAUAGAGGAUCGAUAUGUCGAUGCGUCGAUACGUCGAUGCGUCGAUGCGUGUUUGAGGGCGCGCUGUUGAUAUGGACGGGCUGAGGUCGAUUAGUGGUAUAUUGAAUAUUAUGGCUGUAAUUAUUAACGUGUUUUUGAUGAUGAGGGUUUGUGACAGUUCGAUACUGAGUAUAACUCCUGGGGCGAUUCGGAACUGUUAGAGCAUAUAUGUAUAUGACGAGCUUAGGGGUCUGAAAAAAAUGCUAUAGACAGUAAGUAGCCGUAAUGUGGUCCGCGAUGCCCUACCUAGGAGUAACUAUUGCUUGCUAGCCG